ACCCUAGCCAAUCCCAAUCCCAAUCCCAUGGACGACGACGUCGGCGAAGCCUCGCCACCGCCGGGCCCCGCCCCCGCACCCGCCCCCGCCCCGUCGUCGCGGGACAUGGCGGCGUCCCCGACCAGCUCGCGCUCCGUCACGGAGACGGUGAACGGCUCCCACCGCUUCGUCAUCCAGGGCUACUCCCUCGCCAAGGGCAUGGGCGUCGGGAAGCACAUCGCCAGCGAGACCUUCACCGUCGGCGGAUACCAGUGGGCCAUCUACUUCUACCCCGACGGGAAGAACCCCGAGGACAACUCCGCCUACGUCUCCGUCUUCAUCGCGCUAGCCUCCGAGGGCACCGACGUGCGGGCCCUAUUCGAGCUCACGCUGCAGGACCAGAGCGGCAAGGGAAAGCACAAGGUCCACUCACACUUCGACCGAUCGCUCGAGUCGGGGCCAUACACCCUCAAGUACCGAGGCUCCAUGUGGGGUUACAAACGGUUCUUUCGGCGAACUGCUCUUGAGACAUCUGAUUUUCUUAAAGAUGAUUGCUUGAAGAUAAAUUGCACUGUGGGUGUUGUGGUGUCAACCAUUGAUUACUCCAGGCCACACUCCAUUCAGGUUCCGGACUCUGACAUUGGCUACCACUUUGGUUCGCUGUUGGACAGUAAUGAAGGGGUUGAUGUUAUUCUUAAUGUGGGGGGAGAGAGAUUUCACGCUCAUAAGCUGGUGUUGGCUGCACGAUCAUCUGUCUUUAGAUCUAAACUUUUUGAUGAUGAAUUGGGUGGAGAGAAGAAUGAGGUUGACGAGAGCGAGGAUCUCAAAGAGAUUGUUAUCCAUGAUAUAGAGCCAAAGGUUUUCAAGGCGAUGCUUCAUUUCAUCUACAGAGAUUCCCUCGUUGAUGAUUGUGAGUUGGAUGCAUCAAGCUCUGGGGGUUCUAUUUUUGAUACUUUGGCGGCAAAAUUGUUGGCUGCAGCAGACAAGUAUGACUUAUCAAGGCUAAAAUUGCUUUGUGAAUCUUACUUGUGCAAAGGCAUUUCUGUGGUCUCAGUUGCGAGUACUCUAGCAUUGGCUGAUAGUCACCAUGCUAUGGAGCUUAAAACUGUUUGCCUAAAAUUUGCUGCAGAAAAUCUUUCAGCUGUGAUCCGGACCGAAGGGUUUGAUUACCUCAAGGACAACUGCCCAUCACUCCAGUCAGAGAUACUGAGAACUGUUGCCGGGUGUGAGGAACCGUGCAGUAGUGGCGGGAAGAGCCAGAGCGUAUGGGGGCAGCUCUCAGAUGGUGGUGACACGAGUGGCCGUAGGGUUAGGCCAAGAAUCUGAGACGAGCCGGAACUCUGACAUGGUUAGGAGCUCUUGUGUAAAUGGGCAUCAAUUUGUUCUGUAUGUUCCAAAGACGAUUAACUAGCCUGACUCAUCUCAUCUCACCCCGCUCUUUUUUACACUUCAAUUCAUAUGUUGUUAAUAGCUAUUUGAUUGUUUGAUCCUGGAACAUUUGCUGA